AUGCGUUCUCUGAAUUUCUGGCAACCCAUCGGAAAACUCUGAAUCUCACAGCACCACCGACGAGGAAGACGAAGAAACGAAGAUAUGGGUAUUUUGCACGACGAUGUCGUGCUUGUGAGGCCGUCGGAGAAAGACGAUGAGCCUACCGUCAUCACUGUCAAUUGCCCCGAUAAAACUGGGUUAGGCUGUGACUUGUGCCGCAUACUUCUCUUCUUUGGUCUAAGCAUUGUCAGAGGAGAUGUUACGACCGACGGAAAAUGGUGCUACAUAGUGUUUUGGGUGACGGGAAAAUCGUCGACGAAGUGGGGAUUAGUGAAACAGAGGUUGAUUGAGGUUUGCCCUUCUUGUUCUUCAGCUUCGACGCUUUCUUAUUUCCGCCCGGAACCGCAACCCUCAAAGCCCCCUGAUAUGUUUCUUUUGAAGUUUUGUUGCCAUGACAGAAGAGGGCUGUUACACGAUGUAACAUGGGUUCUUUGCGAGCUCGAGAUUCUUAUAGAGAAAGUGAAAGUGUCGACCACUCCGGAUGGAAAAGUGAUGGAUCUGUUUUUCAUCAUUGACUCCAGGGAUCUCAUGCACACAACGAAGAGACAGCAGGACACGUGCGACCACUUGAAACAUGUCUUGGGAGAUGCAAUGAUAAGCUGUGAAAUAGAGAUGGUCGACGCCGAAGUUAUGUUAUGCUCACAGGCAUCCUCUCUUCCCUCUGAAAUUGCAGAAGAAUCAUGUAGCUUGGAGUUGAAUGAAACUUCACAAGGCAGAUCAUUAGUUCAUAAAGAUGUCUCUGUUACAUUAGACAAUUCGCUCAGUCCUUCUCACACACUCGUCCAAAUUGUCUGUCAAGAUCACAAGGGUCUUAUUUACGACAUUAUGAGGACGCUUAAAGACUACAACAUUCAGAUCUCAUAUGGACGCUUUAAUAAGAAGCAAACGAGAAGCUGUGAGAUCGACUUGUUCAUCAUGCAAGCUGAUGGAAAGAAGAUUACAGACCCAAGCAAGCAGAAUGCAUUGUCAACUCGGUUGCGGAUGGAACUGAUUCGUCCCCUCAGAGUAGCUAUCUUGAGCAGAGGUCCCGACACAGAACUCUUGGUGGCAAACCCCACAGAGUUAUCUGGCAAGGGUCGACCUCUCGUGUUCCAUGACAUCACCCUUGCUCUCAAAUUGCUCGACAUCGGUGUUUUUUUGGCAGAAAUCAGACGCCAUUUGAUCGGAGGUCGAGAAUGGGAAGUAUACAGAGUCAUGCUUGAUGAAGGAGUCGGGUCUUCGAUUCCCAGGAACAAGAUCGAGGACGGAGUCCGAAAGAUGUUGAUGGGAUGGGCAUAAUGUGAGAAAUCUAAAGUGGAAAAUGCUUUAGUUAGCCUAUGUACAGCUUGCUGUUUCAGGUUAGAUGGGCUGCUCCUCCUCCUCCUUGUCUUAUUGAUGCUUGUAACAAGUUAUCUUUGUAUGCUUAUGGGACAGAAUCGUGCAAAUUAUGCUUGUAACAAGUUUCCUGUACACUCCUA